AUGGACAGCUCGCCCCGGCUGCCCCUACAACGGCGCCAUGAUCUCGACGUCGUGAAGCAACAACUCGUCGUUGUCGUCUCCGCCGCAGCAACAGUCUUCGUCUUAUGUCCAGAAUGGCUACAAUUCUACAGAAACCUCGCUGUCAUUCCUCUUCUAGCAUGGCUCACGGCCAAGGCCUUCGACCUGGUCAUCAUGCUGAAUGAUAAAUGGGACAAUGCACCAGCCAUGGUCAAAUACUUUGUUCCUAUUGACUUUCCCCAGAUAACACCUCCGUUUGAAAAGAUGCGCAGCCUGGGGAAUAGGCAGUUGCUCGUCGCGAGGACCAAGUUUCGACAUUUGUCUUUGGAGGUCAGGGCGGUGGUUUUAACUCUGGUGAAUUGGGUUUUGUCUCGAUUUGGUGGCAGCGAAUCUAAAGUCGAGUCACCAGGAUCUGAGCACAAGACAACAAAACCUGCGCCAAAGCCAGAUGAAUGGGUAGCGAUUUUAGUCACAACACCGCUCAUUAACGACGACAGCACCAUCGAUUUCGGCACGAAUACAAUCGUCGAGAUUGGUGAAGUGAUUACCUGGGAACACACGCAGACGACAUCGGUUCCGGCCAUUCUCCCGUCAUCCACAUUUCACGUGCAAAUGACAGUUUGUCUGGUUCCUCGGAGCAUAUGGUAUUCCCGCAAGACUGUCCUAGAGAAGUUCACCACAGGGCUUUACUGGAACCACCAACCAGGGCAGUCAGUAUGUCAAGGGGAACAAUGGGAUGAAGAUCGAGUUCGGAGCAUCUCGAAAGUCCAAGUCAUUGGGCACGUGGAAAAGCGCAACAACAUCCACAAAGUCAAUGAAUGCUUCGAGUCCCUUCGCCAAGGCUGGGACGAUGUGAACAUAUACUGGAGUGACAUUGACUUUGCCAUCAUCUUCGCCUUCCUUCUCGUUGGCACGUAUUCAGUGGACAUAUGCAAGAAACUCUUUGAUCAAUUCUCAAACCUCCGUGUUGAAAAGGCCAGUCGGAAUAAGGAACUCAAUCGCACGCGCUUGGGCGCUGGUGCAGCCGUCUUGACACUGUUGACCGGAGGAUUAGCUGCUCCUAUCACGAUACCAAUGAUGAUGGGAGCCGAGAUGACAACGUCAACACAUGAUCGAUACUUGUGGGGAGAAAGGAUGAGGAUGUGCAAAGAGCUCUUGGGCAAACAUGAGCAGCUAGAAGGGGUUAUUGAGUUGGAAGAUACAAACGCCCCAAAGGCUAUUGACCCGACGCCUUUCUUUUUGCCCAAGACUAUGGAGUCGAGCUGGUUUGUUGAUGAUACUUGGUGA